AUGAAGCUGCUUCCCUGCAGCCACAGGCCUUCCUCCCUGCAUAUGUUUCUCCAUGUGUAGAAAUUCGCCCCCCCUCUCUUCCAUGAUUGAUUGACGCUCACCUGUAGUGACGUAGGCAGCUUAAUGGGCGCGUGCGGGCCGAGGAGGAGGAAGUGGGAGAGUGAAGAAGGAGAGUGUGACAGAGGAGAGGGAGAGGAGAGGAGAGGAGGACUGGAUCUGCUCAUACCUCUGCUCCACUUCCAAUCACCGCCCCGCGGAGUCUGGACCGAAUCACGGGACUGGACCAGCCGCUCACCUCGCCCAGACUCCUCCGAUGCUGUUGUAGGUGCUGAAGUGAUCACUAGACACUGGGCCGAGGUCACGGCACGAGGACGCCAUGUCCCAGAGCCAGUCAGACGGUUGCAUGGGCGACCAUGCCCCACUGAUUCUGGAGAGCCACUUCUCCACAGAACUGCAUAUAUCUGAGCCGGGCGAUGAGUGCUGCCAGCCACAAAGCCCCCCCCCACCCCAGUUUGAAAUAUCCCCGCCCGAGGAAGAUGUAGUCGACAGGCUUGUGGAGCCUCAGCCGGUGGUUCUGAGCACCCAAAGUCCUGCCGCGCUGAAGGUCGGCACCAAACAGCUCAUCCCCAAGAAAUUAGCCAUGGCCAGCCGAUCUAAAAUCCGCCACCACACCACUGUGGUUACAUUCCCGGUGGGACUGGAGCACUCCACUAAAGAGACCCGCAGCCGACACUCCACCCAGGGGACAGAUGUGUCCUGGGAGGAUUAUGACAGCGAUGGAGAUGGUUUAUCUUUGAGGAGGAACCGCAGGAACAAGUCGUACCGAGCUGCUGUGACCAGCCUGGACAUCGACGCCAUCGCCUCAGGACAAGGGGCGGCGACCGCACUGAAACCUGUCAGAGAGGACAGAGCACCCAGUCCUGGUCCAGCUCGCAGUCCUGGACGCAAGAGAGCCCUGGGGAGAAAGAGGAACGGGAAACAACGUGGAUCCUUCAAAGAUGCUACGCCGCAGCUCUACCAGGAGAUCCGUGAGCGGGGGCUGCACUCCACCAACCAGGAUGAGAUGUUGGAUGACUUUGUGGUGGUGGAGCCCCCUGUGGAGGACCAGGGCAUCGUGGUGAAGAGCUACAGGCCGGCACAUCUCACCUGGAGCCAGCUACCACAGGUGAAGGACACAGGUAUCCUGACACUGGUCUCAGCUCAGGAGAGAAAGAGACAGGAGGCCAUUUUCGAGAUAAUCACAUCGGAGUACUCGUACCUGCACAGCCUGGGCAUUCUGGUCCGUCACUUCAAGGAGAGCGAAGCCCUGAGGAAAACGAUGACGACCACGGAGCACCAUCACCUCUUCUCCAACAUCUCUGUCAUCCAAAAAAUCAGCCAACGGUUUUUCGAGGACCUGGAGCGGCGUCACUAUGACAACCCAGUGAUUCGGGACAUUAGCGAUAUUGUUCAGUACCACGCCGCCCACCACUUCGAGCCCUACAUCGUCUACUGCUCCAACGAGACCUUCCAGCAGAGGACGCUGCAGAAGCUGCUGACGAGCAACAUUGCGUUCAAGGAGGCGCUGAAGCAGAUCGAAGGGAGCAGUGAGUGCGGAGGCCUCCCCAUGAUCUCGUUCCUCAUCCUUCCCAUGCAGCGAGUAACCAGACUGCCACUGCUGCAGGAUACAAUCUGCCAGAAAACUCCAGACAAGACGGCAGAGUACUUUGCUGCUGUUUGGUCGUUGCACGCCAUCAGCAAGUUGGUCAGCAGCUGCAAUGAUGGAGCGAGGCGGAUGGAGAGGACCGAGCAGAUGUACACCAUCCAGAAACAGAUGGACUUUGGUAAAAUCAAGCCUUUUCCUCUGGUGUCAUCAUCGCGCUGGCUGCAGAAGCGUGGCGAGCUGGCCGUCUGCACCGAGGAGCUCAGCAUCUGGAGGGCUUUCAGCAACAGGAGCUACUACCUGUUCCUCUUCAAUGACGUGCUGAUCAUUACCAAGAAGAAGAGCGAGGAGAGCUUUGUGGUGAUGGACUACGCCACUCUGGAGAAUGUGGAGGUGGAGGUCGUGGAGGAUGCUGAGGGACGGAUGUCUCCACCAGCGAAGAACAGCAACUAUCUGUCUUUCAAACUGCUGAUGAGCAGGAACAGCGAGGGGAGAUCGGAGCACAUCUCCCUGAUGGCCGAGUCCAGGGUGGACCGUGCACGUUGGAUAGUUGCUCUCACAGAGCACAAGCAGGCAGGUGCUGUCACUUCCAGAGAUGGUCUGCCACAGUACGAGGCCACUAAAGCCUACAUGCCGAGGGAGCCAGAUGAGCUGGGGCUGAAGCAGGCUGAGCUUGUUAUCGUCCGGCAGAAAGAAGAAGCCUUUUGCUACGGGGAGAGAAUGCGAGACGGCGAGAGAGGCUGGUUUCCAACGAGCUGUGCCACUGAGAUCACCGACCCGACCGCCAUGGAGAACAAUGUGCAACGCAUGAAGCGACUUCGCAAAGAGACCAACGUUUGAGUGACUGUCAUUGACCAUAUAAUCGUAUCAGGAUGUAGCAGGGGAGAAGAAAACACAACUUCCAGUAGCUUUGAGAUUCUCACCAUGUUCAGUUUUUGUUGGCUGCAUUGCAGAUGAAUUACAUUGGACACAGGGAUCAUAUGAACUACUGUUAAAGUGGUUCAGAAUUCCUUUACCAACAGACUGAAAUACAUUUUCUGGGAUUUAUAAAGCAGUUUAAGUGGCCAUUAAUCCCUGCCUGGUGCUCGUGUGUGUGUGCGUGUGCGUGCGUCAACAACUGAGCCAUGAAGGUUUUAAGUUUGAGUCCAGUCAGCAUCAACGUUUCAUGUUGCCCUUAUCUGGUAAACUUUCCAAAGCAAUUAUAUUUAAACAUGACCACCAUGUUGAAUCUCAACAAAGAGAAACUAUUUCUGGUUUAGCUGUUUUUAAUUCAACACCUUUUUACAUCCUUGUUGCAGAGUAACUCAUGAUUUACAAACAGUAGAAAACAAUUCACCUCAGAUGUGGCCUUAGGUUUUAUUUCAAAUCUAGGAUCAUUGUAAUUGUGUCUGCAUACAGUACAGUAUGAGAAGUUACAUGCUAAAAAUCCUCCAAGUUUUAACUGUUUAAAUUUCUGUGCAUCACAUUGUGUUAGUGUCAAUUUAUCAAAUUGUUGAGUUUCUUUAUUACCCAAGUUUUGAUAAACAUUAAAAAAUAUACCUGACUGGACCUUUGUUGCAUUUGGUUGAUUAAUAACAUUUACUGCACCGUAAAAGGUUAUGUCCAAAUAUAAGAAUUUUUUAAAAACCACUCAAUUUACUAGUCUACUCUGUAAAUGAGCAAAUAACAUCUGUGGUUUGUGCCAUUGUUUGGAGCCUGUGUAAAAGAAAAGUCACCACUAGAGACAGUUUUCCUGGUUUCUGGACUUUUAUUUGAGCUUGCAUUUUGUUAAAAUGUUUGAAUACAUAAAAAGUUAUUUAAAAAUGUCAAACUGACCAGAUAUCAAAUUCCAUUUUUUUUUCUUUAAAAACCAUUUGGUGUAAAAACUUAGGACACAUUUAGAAAAACAUUUGCUGUUUCCCCGAAACGUUUUGUAGCUGUCACAUAAAAAUAAUG